AUCCUUCAGAUUUCCUUGUAUCUCUGACAAAAAUGUCUUUUUGACGUGAUUUGCCGAUAAAUUUUCCGAAACUUUUAAUUUUUUCUAAAUAUGGGAGGCUCGCAAAGCACUCGCAAGCUUAGUGUGGACAAUGAAAAUGCUAUUCAAGUGUCCCAAGAAGCAUUAGACCGAAUACAGUCACAACUGUCCGCCAAAACAGCUGAGCAACUUCCCUCACCACCACCACAAUAUGCUCCUUCGCCUCCAAUGUAUGACCCGCAAAAGCGGCAAGAAGCAGCUGCUGAGGAAGCAUAUUGGGCACGCCGAAUUGAAAAUUUAAAGAGAGCUCAUGAAAAAAUUAAUAGUGGAAUGGUUGUGGAAUAUGAAAAAACAUUAAAAGAAGCGAAUGAAUUAUUCGAAUUGGUUAAAGCAGAUAAAAUUGUAAAUAAACUUCCUCCAUGUGAACAAGAGAAAGCAAAGGUUCUUGAAUGCUACAGUGCAAAUCCAAAUAAAUCCUUGUUGUGUUCAGUGCUAGUGAAUGAAUUUAAUGACUGUGUUUGCAAGAGCAGAAUUGCAGCAGUAUCAGCAAGCUCUUGAACCACUGUACAUUUCAUAGAAACUGCAUAUAAUACAAUCAGUGGUGUAAUGUUUGAACAACAUGGAAACGUAGAUAAUAUAUUAUUGAUGUAUGAAUAAACUGUUAAUUUAU